GUCCAUCGCUCUUGGAUCACCAUUUUACUCUCAAUAUCACGACUCACUUGUUAAUUAGAGUUCUUCCUCGUGCCAAUACUAGUGGUGUAGAGAAAGCAAUGCAUACAUAUCCUUCAAAGUUUAUCAGAGACAAGCAGAAAAUAUGGUCACCAUGGAGUACCAACUGUGCAGAUAGCUUAGUCAUCAUACAGAUCAACAACAACAUGAUUUGUCUGUUCUGUGACAACAAAUGGUGAGAGUGAUGCAAUGUUCCCCUCCUACUUCACACAUUGUAAACGCCCAGGUUUCAAAAGAAUCUACAGAUGUACAUUGACUCCCUCUAUACAAUUCACGCGACAGAAAACUAAUUUGCAAACCCAUCAUUCUCAAAAUGCAAAUACCUCGAAAAUGGAUCCUACCAUACACAUCCUGGGUCUUGGAAAUUUGGGAAAGCUCUUUGCGCACUCAUUAGCUACAAAAUCAAAGCCCCCUCCUCUCACGUUGCUACUCCAUCGCCCGAAUCUAUAUGAAAUCACCAAAGUCAAAGGACCCAGGAUUGGGAUUCGUUAUGGUGGCGUUUGGAACUGGGAGGGCCAUUACCGUGCAGAGCUUGUAUCCAUGAAUGAUCUUCCAAGUCCCCCAGAUAUGAAGUAUAUUUCCAAUCUGAUAGUCACGACGAAAUCUCACAAAAUGGCUGAGGCACUUUCGAUGAUCAGACAUCGAUUGACCCAUUUGUCAACUAUAAUCUUCAUACAUAACGGUAUGGGAGUGGUUGAAGAAGUCAACAAGAGAGUCUUCCCAAACCCUAAAGAAAGACCACAUUAUUUAUUUGGUAUAGCAUCCCAUGGCGUUUAUCGAACAGACGACUUCGCAGCGGUCUUUGCUGGCCAUGGUGCCGUCAUUAUUGGAAAUCCAGGAGUUCACAAUGAGAAGACUUCGUAUGGAAGCUAUCUUUUGCAACAAGUCAUUGAUUCUAAACUUCUCGGCGCGAGUGAGGUUCCUUGGGACGAAUUCAAACUCCUUCAAUUGCAAAAGUUGGCUGUAAAUGCAGUGAUAAACCCUCUCACUGCCUUGAACGAUUGUUUGAACGGUAUGAUUGUGGAAUCUUCUAUGGCUGGAAGCGUGGGAAGUGACUUUGACGGUUUGAUAUCCGAAAUAAGUCAAGUCUUUUGUUCACUUCCAGAACUUCAAGGACUUCCAGGCUUGAAAGAAAGGUUUUCAAGAGAAAGUCUGCGAAACGCCAUUCUGAAUGUUGCCUCGGCUACUGCACAAAAUCGAAGUUCUAUGCUUCAAGAUGUUAGUACGGGCAGUGAAACAGAAAUCCAUUACAUCAAUGGAUACAUUGUAAGAAGGGCACAAGAGUUGGGUAUUGAGUGUCCCGUGAACAUGAGGAUGGUCGCAGACGUUCUCGCGGUAGCUGCAAAAUAGAAGGCAAUUCUAGACAUGCACCAUGGAUAUGUACUAGGUAACUUGAGCUCGCAGAAGAAUAUGGAACAUCUGUAUCCUCAAUUGUUAUCAUCGUAUUGGCUGUUUCAUAAUUGCUCGUACACUCUGCAAGACAUGAAGAUUGGAUAUGCACCUUUCGAGACACCAUUAAGCUUCAGCUGAGAGUGCAAGGCUCAAAUCGACUCAAACAGCAAGAGCAAACGGCAAGGCUACCGAGGCUACAACAUAUUCUAGAACAACUCAUCUAUACAAAUUUUCACCAAGGAAUUGCCCAAGAUCGGCUCAUGACUUUCACGAGCUCUCAGCCGUGCACGAGGCUAUACAUGUGAUUUGAGAGUAGAGGGGAAAGGCUGAGCGUUUUUCAAUUCGCGCUGGAAACAAAUCACGGCGCGAACGCGUCGAUCAAUUCUUUUUACUUAAUCA